AUGGCCACCGCCAGAAAAGUCUCUAUCAUCGGAGCCACCGGUACCCUGGGCUCGCGCAUCGCCAGCGCUCUAGCAGCUGCAGGCCACGAAGUGACCGCGCUGCAGCGCAAAGAUUCCAACAAACCCGCCCCCGAAGGCUUGAGAACCGUCAAGGUCGACUACCAGAACCGGGACGAGCUGAUCUCCAACUUCACCGGUCAGGACGUCGUCAUCAGCGCCGUCCCCUUCCCUCAACUUACCACCGAAAAACCCAUCAUCGACGCCUGCAUCGCCGCAGGAGUCAAGCGCUUCAUCCCCUCGGAGUUCACCACCAUGCUCGAGUCCCCACUGGCCAUCAACCUCCCCAUCGCGAGAGAGAAGGUUCUCAUUCGUCAAUACCUGAACCAAGUCAUGCCCACCACCACAGGGACUACAACAUGGACCUCGAUCAACAGCGGCGCCUUCUUCGACAUGGCCCUAAAAUAUGGGGUGCUGGGCCCUAACCCCAUGACCAAGAAAGCCGUCUUCCACGACGGCGGCGACAAGCCCAUCGCCGUGUCAUUGCUCGCCGAUAUCGCAUCGGCGGUAGUCAAGCUUUUCGAGGCUGGCAAGUUCGAGGCCGCCGCCAACCAGGCGGUGUAUAUCUGCUCUGCCGCGGUGACAGAGCGGCAGCUCACCCGGCUGGUUGCGGAGGUGUUGGGGAUGGAGUUUGGGACGCCGGGGGAGGUUUCGGUCAAGGCGCUGAUCGCGGAGUCAGAUAGGAAGUUGAUGCAGGGGGACCAGUCGGUGAUGAUCAAUUACUACUUUCAGAUGAUGUAUGGGGAGGGGUACAGGGGUGGGGAAUUUAUGGAGUAUAAUUGGAAUGAGCGGUUGGGGUUGAGGAUUAUGGGGGAGGAGGAGUUGAAGGAGACUAUUCGGGGGAUUUUGAGGGAGUAG